AUGUACCACUACCUCAAGCCGUCUCCGCCUCCACAGAGAGAGGUCCUCAUCAUUCCUCUCCGCAACCUCUCCUCACCGAGCACCGCCCACCCGGCACCUGCCCCCUCCCCCCCAACACAAACCACACCCACACCUAAUGGGCUUCCUCAAGCCACACCCACGUCCCCGGUGUCUUUACCAAAACAGCCGUCAUCAGGUUCUCAGCUGUUCUCAGAGUUGUUGGAGGUUCACGCUAGACGCAGCCAAAAGACCGCCUCCCCAGAGCCUGCAGCCCCAAUCCCCAGAGAGACCACACCCACACAUGUGAAAUCCACGCCCACAGAAAUAACCACACCUCCCGUACAAGGUUCUCAGCUGUUCUCAGAGUUGUUGGAGGUUCACGCUAGACGCAGCCUCAAGACCGCCUCCCCAGAGCCUGCAGCCCCAAUCCCCAGUGAGACCACACCCACACACGUCAAAACCACGGCCACAGAAAUAACCACACCUCCUGUACAAGGUUCUCAGCUGUUCUCAGAGCUGUUGGAGGUUCACGCUAGACGCAGCCUCAAGACCGCCUCCCCAGAGCCUGCAGCCCCAAUCCCCAGAGAGACCACACCCACACACGUCAAAACAACGGCCACACUUAUAAUCACACCCACCAGCCUGCAGCUCUCUCCUACCACACCCACUCCGCCUCAGCUGCCCUCCCCUACAGCACAAGGUGGGCGUGGUCUGAGCAGUCCAGAGCUCAUCAGAGAGCUGCAGCAGCCACACACGCUCAAACAUGUCUCCGCCCACAAGGGGCUGACCACAGUCUUUUCUGGGCGGGGCCGGAUGCCAUCAUCAUCAUUAUCAUCAUCAACAGGCUCACCAACCAAUCGGGGACAAGAGAAACCGCAGCCUCUAUCCAAUAGUACAAAGAGUUAAAUGUUGUACUGUAAUGCAGUUUAUCGUUGAAGGGGCAGCACUGGUGUUUUUCUAUUUGCAACCUGGGAUCCAUGUUUUUUGUAUUUGCCCCAAGUAUUCAGAGGGGGCGUUCUUGACAUGACACCAUCCUCUCUUUCCUUUAUCCUUCUCUCUGUCUCUGUCUCUGUCUCUCUCUGUCUCUGUCUGUCUGUCUGUCUGUCUGUCUGUCUGUCUGUCUGUCUGUCUCUCUCUCUCUCUCUCUCUCUCUCUCUCUCUCUCUCUCUCUCUCUGUACAUGCACCAUUGCAAGCUAUUCAUUGAACGUGUGUGAGUUGAAUUCAUAUAAAUAAGUGGGAAAAUGUGUGUUCUAAAAGUGUUUUUAAACUUGGUAUGAGGUUGGUGUGGGUAUGAUGUAUGGUGUGUAUGGUGUGCGUUGCCUUUAUCCCUCAGCCUAAAAUUUCUAAAGUGCCAUUCACUGGUGUCUGCCACAUUCACAUGUUGACACCUAUGUCUACUUACACCAGGGACACAUGGAGGCGAAACAGGGAAAGCAAAGAGAAACGAAAUUCAGUGCUCCAUUCUGACAGCUCAAAGGCCAUCGGGUUGUUAUGGCGAAUCCAAUAGGAUGGAACAUUUAUUUUAUUGAUUUGAUUGACCACUGCAGAUGAAAUUCCCUUCUCAUUUGCAUAGUAUUAAACUUGUUUUGCUCCUAUUCGCUUCACUUCGCUUCCCUCAUAGGAAUGAAUGGUGAAGUUCGCUUCGCUUGGCCAAAUUCACGUGUAUGUGUCCCUGGCGUUACCGUGGCAUUCACACACUUGAUAUAUGUGGGGCAUCAUGCCAUGGUGCAUGCUUCUUCAGAGUAGAUACAUGAGAUUGUGAGAAAUGUGACUAGCCACAGUAAAAUUGUCCACAUGUCUCUCAGAGUGAAAUGGAGAACACAGCAAAUAAAGUUGUUGUUUUUUC